CACAAUAUUAAGGCACCUGAGGACGAAGUACAAGACAAUUAAUUCCAAGCCACGAGUGUUGAACGUUGACUACAUACUAAUUAGAUAAGAUAAGAUAAGCUGGAUUUGAGCUGGAUCGGUAACUGUCAAUAUGUGUGCUAAGUAUUAUACAAGAGAAAAUCGCAGCGGCGCAGGCACCCGACGUCCUGCUCUUGGCUUGGCUAUUAUCUGGCUAACAUUUCUUUUCAAUAUUUCAGCGCAAACCAGUGAUCCUAGCAGUGGCAGGCGAGGUGCGAAUACCAGAGUCAUCGAACUGUGUUUGACUGUAGCCAUCUCAGAGCAGGGGAUCCAAGUCGCUACAUAUUUCCCAAUCUCGCAAGUGAGAUGCUUCGGAAGCAGCCGAGGAUAAGAAUUGAUGUGCAAUCUACAACCGAACCAUGAGGAGAUACGUUCGGAGCACGAACGACACUCGCGACUUAAAUUCUGCAAAGAGUGCUAAAGUACUUAAUCGUGACUGUAAUGCUGCGUAAGUGUUCGACGGGGAUUGAUGGAUCACGAGUGAUGAGAGAUGAGUGAGGGGGAUU